AUGUCUACUGAAAGUGACGCCGUAGCCGGCGCAACCAUCGAACUCCUCGAAGAACGUCUUCGCCGCCUCACAUACCUCCUCACCGGCGCCACAGACUGGACCGGUGUCCCCAUCACGCCCGAGAAACCCACGACUCUCGACGACACCGUCGCCCGCCGCCUAGCACGUCUAGAAUCAGAACUAGAAAAGCUCAGUCGAGCCGUUCCCGCCGUACGGGACAUUUUGCAACUUCACGACCGAAACCCAGACCUCUUCCAAAAAACACCAACCCACGAUAUUCCCCCGGGCCUAACGCCCCAAACCCUCUCCUCAAUAGUUCUGUCCUACGCAACCGCAUUCCCGGAAACAUCAUCCCGCCUGACAUCGCUCAACGACCUUCCCGUACCAGACGCGCAAAGCUCGGCCUCGUUAAUUGAGCUGCAGCCGCAAAUGGAUCGGCUCGCGGAGCUGCAGACGGCGCAGGCGAAGCAGAUCUCGGAGUUGAGGGUGCGCUCGGCUAGGGUGCUGCAGAGGUGGUAUGAGGUGGGCCUUGUGGGGAGUGGGGAGGUUUGGGCUGAGUGGGAGGGGAGGAUUGAGGGUGUUGAGAGGGAGAUCAAAAGGGUGGAGGUUGGGAGGGUAAGAAGGGAGGAGGUUUAG